AGUACAGAGCUUCGCUGUCAGUCAGAGAGAAGCCCCGCCCCCUCCGCUCAGACCGCGGACGCUCCGGGACGAGAACCGCACUUCUUUGAUCAGAGACCGGAGCAAUCAGCUGGAUCAAUCGGAGAUCGGCAGGUGAUCGACCAUCGGCUGAUCAGGGAUCGGUUGAUCAGGGGAAUGUCCCGGCUGCUGGAGAGCAGGAGGCAGGACAGGAUGAAGGAAAUUAACCUGAAGAAUAAGGAGAAGGAGCGCCUGAAAGAGAGGGAGAAGGAAGCGAGAGAGAGGGAGGCGCGCUCCAGUAAUGGCCACCUGUUUACCUCACUGACAGUGUCCUCCACCACCCUCUGCUCCUCCUGCAACAGGAGCAUCACGGCCAAAGAGGCGCUCAGCUGCCCAGCAUGUAAUGUCACCAUCCACAAUCGCUGCAGAGACAGUCUGGCGAGCUGUGCUAAGAUGAAGCAGAAGCAACAGAAGCUGGCGUUAGCGAGAAAUAGUUCAGCUCUGCAGAACGUCGCCAUGAGAAGCAAAACGCCUAUGAUGAAGGAGCGUCCGAGCUCAGCCAUCUAUCCUUCUGACAGCCUUCGUCAGUCGCUGCUCGGCUCCAGACGCGUUCGAUCUGGCCUCUCGCUCGCCAAAAGUGUCUCCACAAAUAACAUCGCAGGUGUGACCGAGGACUCUGCAGGUCUCAAGAGGAUCCUGUCUCAGUCCACAGAGUCUCUGAACUUCAGGAGCAGGACUCUGUCCAUGGAGUCUCUUACUGAUGACGCUGAGUGGAGCCCUCUGCUGGACGAGCUGCAGAAGGAGGGCAGCUGCGUGCAGGUCGACAGCUGGAGCCUCGCUGUGGAGCCCAAUUUCCUGCAAACACUUCACAAAGACCUGAUCAAGCAGCAGGACGUCAUCUACGAGCUGAUCCAGACCGAGUUUCACCACGUCCGCACGCUGAGGAUCAUGGAGGGCGUGUACCGGCGGGGGAUGCUGGAGGAGGUGAUGCUGGAGGCGGGGGUGGUCCACACCAUCUUCCCGUGUCUGGACCAACUGCUGGAGCUUCACUCCCACUUCCUGUCAGAGCUGUUGAACAGGAGGAAGGCGGGUCUGGUGGAGGGCAGCUCCACCAACUUCACGGUGCGCAAGCUGGGAGACCUGCUGGUCCGACAGUUCUCAGGGCAGACUGCUGAUGACUGGAAGAAAGUUUAUUCAGAGUUCUGCAGUCGACAUCCGAAAGCUGUGAAACUCUACAAGGAAGUUUUGGCUCGCGACCGGAGACUGCAGCAGUUCAUCAGGCGUGUGACUCGCGGUCCUCUGCUGCGGCGUCACGGCGUCCAGGAGUGCAUCCUGUUGGUGACGCAGCGGAUCACAAAGUACCCCGUCCUCAUCCAGCGAAUCCUGGACAACACUAAAGGCUGCGAAGAGGAGGCACAGGCUCUGAGCCGUGCACUGGGCCUCCUGAAGGAGCUGAUCAGCUCUGUGGACAAAGAGGUCCUGGAGCUUGACCGGAGCAGGAGGCUGCAGGAGAUCCAUGCCCGCCUGGACCCGCGUGCCCAGGCAGAGGUCCGGGGAGGAGGCGUGUUCAGAGGUGGAGAGCUGCUGAGGAGGAGGCUCCUGCACGAGGGGACACUCCUCUGCAAGGUCCAGGGUACCAGGAUGAAAGAUGUGCAGGUGCUGCUGAUGUCAGACAUCUUGGUUUUCCUCCAGGAGAAAGACCAGAAGUUCACCUUUGUUGUGUCACUGGACAAGUCUCCAGUGGUCUCAUUGACUAAUCUGAUUGUCAGAGACAUAGCCAAUCAGGAGAGAGGGAUGUACCUGAUCAGUGACUCCACCCCCCCGGAGAUGUAUGAGCUGCACGCCUCAUCGAAAGAAGACAGGAAGACUUGGAUGAGCCGCAUCCAGCAGGCCGCCACCAGGUGAGCAAGACACACGUGUGUGUCCUGAGAAAACGAAGUGCUCUGGCUGUGCAUCAUUUCCUACCCCGAUGACGACAGUUAUCACAAUACAGAGC